AUGACGUCUCCUCGUGGAGAUCCCACCCACACCUGUUCCUCUGGCGCUGCCUUGAUCGCCGACCGCCACACCGGAUCAGGCGGCUCCCCACAGUCACACGACCCCGAUGCAGACGCAGCUGCAGAUGCCAACGCGAAUGCCAGUGCGGAGAGAGCUAUCAGCCCUGCGCCGAGCAAAGAUCAACACGCCGGCAACAAAAACACUGUGAAUAGAACCACUGCUAUCCCCACAUCGUCUGCUCAUCUGACCGAUCCUCGCAUUGUGGGGGAUCCAAUCCAAAUCCCAUCCCAUCUGCCCAGCGAACCAGAUGUCGCCGCGGCAUCCGGACCGAGUAGACUCGACGUCAGCGCGGCAGACGUGUUGCCGACUGUGCCAAUGAAGCGAUGCUGCUUCCUGGUUCUCCCGUCCCGGCAUAACGGAAUAUUCGCCUUGAACCGUGGAUACGAGGGUUUCGCUGGGCAUUCGGAUGUCUUCUACCAUUACCGAAACCGAGGGUAUAUCUCUCUCCCCGGACAGCUUGAGUGGCCGUUUUCGGCUCGGCGGAGCGGAAACUCUGGGCUGGGCAUCCACGGCUCAGAGGUCUGGUUCACUAAUGGAUUGGAGAAUCCGGGGUCUGAUGAUAUGGGGUUCCCCACAUCGGAUGGUCCGGGUAUUCCCCAUGAAAUCGCCUUUACGCACCGUGUCUGCAAAACUGCGUGCAGAAUGGAAAGUGUUGGGACGAGAGGUCAGAAUGCGGGGUUGGAUCAAUUUUGCAUCAACUAG